AUGGCUCCGAAAUGUUAUUCUUUUACAACAUCUCUAACGUUAACAAACAAUAAAAAUGCAUCGCUUCUUUCAGAAUACUUCGAAACGGAUUUCUGGGAGCGACUUGUACUUCAAUUGUGCCACCAAGAGGAAUUUGUCAAACAUGCUGUCGUCGCUUUAGGUUCACUUGCGAGAAACAUGGAAGUGGAUUUCGAUUCUCCGUUAUCUAACAACACCCGACAUACAGCUCCCUCUGAGUAUUAUCUGUUCGCUUUGAGAGAGUAUUCAAAAUUUCUACGUCUGGCAAGACGGAACACAAAUAAAGUUGUGGAAUCAGAUAGAUUACAAAGUAUACUUGUCUCAUGUGUCUUGACCAGUAUUUUCGAGUUGUAUCAAGGUCGUCAAGAAGCUUCUAUCAAAACCGUCGUAUCAGGCCUCAAAAUUAUAUCUAGUGUUCGAGAACAACAUGUGCUCGAAAAUACACAUUCAAUAUGGUCACUUGGAAUCGAUAUCGAUCUUCUUGCACUGUUCAUCCGUUGGGGGCAAGGCUUUUUAUUAUUCAUGCCAUCUCAAACACCCUUCGCACCUCAUGGAUUACUGCAAAAUCUCGAGGAUACUUUGUUCCUCGAAAACAUGCUUGUAGAGUUCAGCUCCCUCAAACAAGCGCGCCUCUACUUUGAUAUUCUCAAUCGACAUGUCUUAAACUGGUACGCAGAUUGCAAUUACCAAUGUCCAGGAGAACGAGAUCAUCCAACCGAAGUUGAUCGUCUAUGUCCAAAUUCAAAGCCAACGAUAUACUCAGAAGAUGGCUUGGCCUAUGGAGCAGCUAUCGAUAGAUGGUCGAGAGCAUUCACUUGUAUUUUUAAGUCUAGUCGUUCACGUUCUCGAUCAUCAUCACCUCACCAAAUUUCAACAGCGUUGAUGAUCAAACAAAUCUGCGUGCGUCUUGGUCUCCCACAGAUCACAAUUAGUGAGCAUCAGAUCACAGCUUUAUGCGCUGCGCUACUUGAGUUUGGAGUCGAGAUUCUGGAGCCGAAUAACAAGAACCAAGUUUUCAAGUGGGUAGAUGACGAUUUAGUAACAGGUCUGUUUCUCGUAAACCAAAGAUGUCCCGAUGAGAAGAUGAGAAGCAGAGCAUUGGAGCUGCUGUGGAACCAUGCGAGGCGGGGGAAUCUUUACGAACAUUCUAGUGGAGACAAUUCCUCGCUCGAAGUUGGGCCUGGAAAAGAAUCCUUCGGAAGACACACGAUGGGAGCUUCGUAA